AUGUCGAAAAAAGUACAAAAUGAGAAUUCGGAAAAACUUACACGGAUUGCAAUUGUGAGCAGUGAUAAAUGUAAACCUCGAAAAUGUCAUCAAGAGUGCAAGAAAUCAUGUCCUGUGGUUCGUAGUGGAAAAUUAUGUAUUGAGGUUACGCCAGAAUCUAAAAUUUCAUGGAUUUCAGAGUCUUUGUGUAUCGGAUGUGGUAUUUGUGUUAAGCGAUGUCCUUUUGGUGCUAUUCAUAUUAUCAAUCUACCUACAAAUUUAGAUUCAAAAGUUACACAUAGAUUUUCAGAGAACUCGUUUAAACUACACAGAUUGCCAACUCCUAGAUCCGGUCAAGUUCUUGGUUUGGUAGGAACAAAUGGUAUUGGAAAGUCUACAGCGCUUAAAAUCUUGUCCGGGAAAUUAAAACCUAAUCUUGGACAACAUAAUAAUCCUCCUGAUUGGGAGGAAAUUCUUAGAUAUUUUAGAGGAAGCGAACUUCAAAAUUAUUUUACCAAGGUUUUGGAAGAUAGUUUAAAAGCUAUAGUUAAACCUCAGUAUGUUGAUCAUAUCCCUCGUACUAUUCAAGGACCUGUCAAAGUUGUUAAUGAACUUCUGAAUUCUAAAUUAGAAAGAAAUAAUAAAGAUGAAAUAAUUGAAGUUUUAGACUUAAAGAAUGUACUUACACGUGAAGUAAACCAACUUUCUGGUGGAGAAUUACAACGUUUUGCUAUUGCAAUUAUUUGUAUCCAGAAAGCUGAUAUAUAUAUGUUUGAUGAGCCGUCUUCUUAUUUGGAUGUAAAACAACGUUUGAAUGCAGCAAGAACAAUUAGACGGUUACUUAAUCCUGAUAAUUAUAUUAUUGCUGUUGAACAUGAUUUAUCUAUUCUUGAUUAUUUAUCAGACUAUAUAUGCGUUUUAUAUGGGAUGCCUUCUGUUUAUGGAGUAGUUACAUUACCAUUUUCUGUUAGAGAAGGGAUAAAUGUAUUUUUAGAUGGAAAUAUUCCUACAGAAAAUUUGCGUUUUAGAAAUGAAUCUUUACAAUUUAAAAUAUCGGACUCAUCUGAUAUAUAUUCAUUGGAAAGAAAUAAAACUUAUUCGUAUCCUUCAAUGAUAAAAAAACUUGGAGAUUUUACACUUGAGAUUAGUGCAGGUGAAUUUACUAAUUCUGAAAUUAUUGUAAUGCUAGGGGAGAAUGGUACUGGAAAGACAACGUUUAUUAAGUUAUUAGCAGGAAUUUUAAAGCCAGAUGGAGAUGAUAUUCCUGCUUUAAGUGUAUCUUUAAAGCCUCAGAAAAUUGCGCCGAAAUUUCAGGGAACAGUCCGUAUGCUGUUUUUAAAAAAAAUAAAAUCGUCAUGGCUAAAUCCUAGUUUCCAGUCGGAUGUAUGCAAGCCUUUAAAUAUUGAAAACAUUAUAGAUCAAGAAGUUCAAAAUUUAUCAGGGGGAGAAUUGCAACGUGUUGCUAUUGUUUUAUGUUUAGGUCUUUCUGCUGAUAUUUAUUUAAUUGAUGAGCCAUCUGCAUAUUUGGAUUCUGAACAACGUAUUGUUGCUUCUAAAGUUAUUAAAAGGUUUAUUUUGCAUUCUAAAAAGACUGCAUUUGUCGUUGAGCAUGAUUUUAUUAUGGCUACAUAUUUAGCUGAUCGAGUAAUUGUAUAUGAAGGACAGCCUUCAGUUAAAGCAUUUACUAAUCCUCCUCAAUCUUUAAUAGAUGGUAUGAAUUCUUUUUUAUCAAAUUUAGACGUUACAUUGCGUCGAGAUGCUAAUACUUUUCGUCCAAGAAUCAACAAAUAUGAUAGCCAAAUGCAUCAAGAACAAAAAAAUACAGGGAAGUUUUUCAGUAUAUAA